CAAGAAGUAAUUGAAAAUGCAUGUCUUGGAAUGCAUCCUACCAGAUCCUGAGUAGGAUGUCUGUGGAACUAUUCUACACUGCAUCAGUUCAUGGUAUAACAUGCAUUCGUAGUAUCUCAUAUAAAAUAUGAUUUCCCCUGUCUGCUCUGAUGACCAAGAAGCUUUUCAGUAACAACAUCUCCACAGGAACUACCUCAGUCAGAACAAUUGCUUACUCUCUCCACAGCUUCUGUAGUCUGCAUCAUAAAGAUUACUUGUAUGGAGAAGAGUGCAGGAGUAAAACAUACCCUCCUUCAGGACCAACGUUCAAAGGGAAUGUACCCACGUAUGUCAUAAAUCUUGAUUUACCUCCCAGCAAAAGAUGGGAUGACUUGAUGCAUGACAAAAAGACAGAGCUGAAGACUGUGGUCCAGAAUAUUAAAGAUAUAGCAAAUACCUUCUUCCCCAGCGGCAAAGUUGUUGACAUAGUGGAUAACAAAAUAGCUCGUCUGACUGCCACGCUUCCUUAUCCUUUCAAUGAAGAACUCCAAGGGAUUGCAAAUUCAUCUGGGAUUCCUUUGGGGGAAAUUGUUAUUUUUAACAUCUUCUAUGAAAUUUUCACUGUAUGUACAUCCAUAGUGGCGGAAGAUAAAACAGGGAAGCUGUACCAUGCCAGAAACUUGGAUUUUGGACUCUUUCUUGGGUGGGAUGUUAAAAAUAAUUCCUGGACUUUAACUCGGGAACUGAAGCCUUUAGUGGUAAACUUGGACUUCCAGAGAAACAACAAAACAGUAUUCAAGUCUACAAAUUUUGCUGGAUACAUAGGCAUGGUGUCUGGAGUCAAACCAGACUUGUUCACGCUGACAAUGAAUGAGCGUUUCAGUCUUGAUGGUGGUUAUGUUGGAAUCUUCGAAUGGUUUCUUGGUAGAAGAGACGGUAUGUGGAUGGGCUUUCUUACAAGAACAGUAUUAGAGAAUGCUACAAGUUACCAGGAUGCAAAAGACAAACUGGCAAAAACAAGACUGCUGGCUCCAGCUUACUUUAUACUGGGUGGAAAAAAUUCUGGAGAAGGGUGUGUGAUAACUCGUUCCAGGACAGCUAGUCUGGAUAUCUGGGACCUUGAUAUCAAGAAAGGCACAUGGUACGUGUUAGAAACAAACUACGAUCGCUGGAAGCCUCCGCUAAUCUUGGAUAAUCGUAGAACACCUGCAAUGAAAUGCCUGAACCAGACAAUGCAAGAGAACAUCUCCUUACCAACAAUUUAUGAUGUUCUCUCCACAAAGCCUGUCCUCAAUAAGCUGACUGUGUGCACAACGCUGAUGGAGGUAUAUAACGGUCAUACAGAGACUUACCUGCGGGAAUGCCCAGAUCCCUGUAGUCCUUGGUAGUCCUGUACCUUUCCAAUGUUGGAAGCUGCUUGUCUGAAUUGGAGGUCCUCCAAGAAGAAAUACUUCUGGAAAUAGAUUCCUCAGUCUAACUCCUUUCUUCAGAAAUCUAAUGGCUAUAUAGAAACGUCAAUGAGCUUCUAACAGUGGAGGACCCUAUCUCACAGCAGACUUUCUUGCUUUCUGAUCAGCGGUUCUGCUGACAAGAAAUGUAUACUAAUGAAUGUCUGGUUUGAUUUCAGCCAUUUCUGCCAAACGAGUUCAGCAAUUAGCUCUAGAUCUCCUCAGCCUUGACAGUAUUCUUGGUUUGGUUUGUUGUUGGUUCGUGGGUUUGUUAUUUCUUGUUGUUUGGUUGGGUGUUUUUUAGAUGAAAAUACUUCUAAAACACACAUAAGUUAAAAUGGCAUCUGUCAACAAUGAAAAAGAAUUGGGUAUAAGAAGGCCAUCUGGGACAGUACAGUUCUGUUAUUCUUUCUUAAGCACUUAAGAUGAAUUGCUAGUGUUCUGGUCCAAUAUGAGGUUAUGUCUAAGAUGCCCUGUUAUAAAAUAAUUUACCAAGUGUGAUAUCUAGUCACAGAAACAAGGUCUUGGGGAAAUAUCUAAAAUGAGAUCUGAGCCAAAAAAUGUCUUUUCGCUGAUAUAUAGAUCUUUUGCUGAAGCUUGCUCUUGGCCUGUUAACAAAUUUUUUUUUAACACAGAUUUUUCUGUUGUCUCAAAAAAAUACUAAUACAAUAAAUAUUCUUGAGAACAUCUUUCUUUGACCAAAGUACACAUGCACUGAUUUCAUACCUCAGUGGAAGUCACCAUGCAUGUUACAUAUCACAUGGCAGAAAGGGCAUUCACUUCCAAAUAGACUGAUUUUAACAGUGUCUGAAAAACUGAUUUAUUUCUUAAACUGACAGUUAAAGCUAUUACCAGAAUGGGAAGUAGGCAGCUGCUAGUAGUGGCUGGGUUGUUUGGGGGGAUUUUGUUUAGUUGGUUUGGUUUUGGAAAGUGGGGGAGGGAAGCCAAGUCAGACUAUACCAUUGGCUGGAAUUAAAAUUCAGAAAGUAAAGGUCCUUUAGAAAUAGGAAGAAGUACAGGCACCCUAAUAUCCUAGGAAGCAGAUAAUAUAGAAGGCACUAGUUUUAUCUAUGUCAGUGGCUGCAUUGCUGGGACUAGUUUCCAGUGCCAACUCUUGUGUUUUAUAACACGCAAAGAGAAGACACUGGAGAGUAAGCUUAGGGGCUGAUAUAUAUGGUGGUUCAAUUGUUUUUCUUUUCUUAACCGCCCAAGGAAAGAGGUCGUAUUAAUAUUCCCAUUGAGCCAUGAAUUUAAAGUUGCCACUGGUGUAAGGGGCGUGUUUGCUGUCCCUUUGGUGUCUUGCAGAGAUGGUAUUGCAUAAGGCAUUCCAACUAAAACCUGCAAGUUCAUGACAUCCAGUCACAAUGGGAUUCUUGAUAGGCAGGACAUGCAGAACAGUAUUACUGUAGUGCAGAAGUUCAGAACAGAGGAUACUACAGUUUUCUGUUCCAAACAGUAAAGGCUACUAUAAGAUUAUUUUUUUUUAAUAGUUGCAAAUUUAACACUAAGAAGCUUAAAGAAGGGGAGACAAGUUAUUGCCCAUGAAUCUGAAAUGCAAAGUCAACUUUCAUCCAAGUAUGACUUGCCAAGUUUUAUUUAGUAUUGCUUCCUUUUCUAAAAGAAAUAUUAAAAUUUCUCCAAGGCUUUCAGUACAGUUUCCCACAGCCUCCUACUAGAGAAACUGAUGGGUUACUGACUAGACCAGUGGUCUGUGUGGUGGGUGGGAAACUGGCUGACACGCCACACCCAGGGGGUGCUGGUAAAUAGCUCCUUUUCAAACUGGCAACCUGUCACAAGCUGGGUCCCCCAGGGAUCGAUAUUGGGCCCAGCGCUGUUUAAUAUCUUCAUAAGGGAUCUGGAUGAUGGGAUCAAGCAUACGCUGAUGAAGUUUGCAAAUGAUACCAAACUGAGUGGGGAAGUGGACACUCGGAAGGGAGAGGCACCCUGCAGGGAAGACCUGGGUAGGCAGGAAGAGUGGGCUGACAAGAACCUUAUGAAGUUCAAC